AAAACAUCCUAUGAAGUGAAGAGGAAAGUUCAUGAACUUCACCACCAGGGUCGACCACGGUCAUGAGCAUUGGGAAAGCAGGCCAGUGACGUAACGUAACACGCGGCGCAGGCGUACUUCGGUUUGUGUGCCAUUCCCCCACCAUCAGCGGAGAGAGGGUAACGAUUUGGUUUCUGCAAGUCGGCGUAGCGAGCGCUGCAGUUCCGUGCAGUCGUUCGAAUGGUCGACUUUGAUGUGGUGUGAGCAGGGUGAAGAGGAAGCGAACUUGACAUUCAAAAAUGGAUAAAGUAGGAAUUGUCUGUGUAUCAGUGCUCGGGUUUCAGCUAGCAAAAUCUCUUAUUCGUUUCUUGUACAAUAAAUGGCUGGCGCCAGCACUAAAAUUGAAUGUAAACUUGAGAGACAUGGGUCGCUGGGCAGUGAUCACUGGAUCAACUGAUGGUCUUGGGAAAGCAUUUGCCUUUGCAUGUGCCAAAAGAGGUAUGGAUAUUGUAUUAAUAAGCAGAGAUGCAAAGAAAUUGGAGAGAGUUGCUGCUGAAAUAGAAAGUGAGCACAAAGUGGCAACAAAAAUCAUCCAGGCAGAUUUUACUGAUGCAUCACCUGACAAUUAUUGUCAUAUACAAGAAAAACUAGCAGGUCUGGAAGUUGGAGUUCUUAUUAACAAUGUUGGCAUCAGUUACAGUCAUCCUGAUUACUUUCUAGAGUUAGCAGAUAAAGAGAAAGUAUUUUCAAACAUCAUUAAAUGUAAUAUUUUCUCUGUAACAUUUAUGACUCAACUCCUCCUUCCACAAAUGGUAGAGCGUCACCGUGGGGUUGUUAUAAAUAUUUCCUCCACAGCUGCUCAAAUUCCAAGUCCUCUUUUGACUGCAUAUGUGGAGAAAUUCUCACAAGAUCUUUCUUAUGAAUAUGGUAAAAGAGGAAUCAUUAUACAGUGUCUUGUACCAGGGUAUGUUGCCACAAAAAUGAGCAAAAUAAAACGAUCUACUUGGAUGGCACCAACCCCAGAGCAAUAUGUUGAAUCAGCCUUAAGCAGUACAGGCAUAGAACCUAUCACCACAGGAUAUUUUCCUCACUCUCUUCUGGUCUUUGCUGUGAAAAGUUUGGAGGGAAUAUCAUCAAAGACUGCUGUCUGGAUUAUUGCACGUACAAUGGAAAAUAUUAGGAGAAGAGCUUUACGUCAAUCAUCUCGAUAAUUUCUACUCAUUGUCAGCUUUAUGCAACAUUCCAUAGCUCUAUUCCAUUUCAAUCUGUUGUUUUUAGAAAAUUUGCAAACGUUUACCUUCAGCAUUAUAAUGCUAAUGAAUGAUGCAAUACUAUUGUUCUCCAUUUUUUAUUAAAGUUACAUAAAAAAGAAUAAUCUAGAAUUUUAUGCUGCUCCUUCCUUGAUGUUUCUCUUCAUUACGGUGAAAAUAAUUCUGAGCAUUAUAAAUUUUAUCUUGCCUCUUCCUCCCUCCCCUUUCCAUUGUUGACCUCCUUUUCUCUUUCUCCAUCUUAUUUUCCUUAAUCUCUCCCAUCUUUCAAGUAAAUAAGAUGUUCUAAAAGAUGUUGCUCUCACUUUCUCUUCUCUUAAGAAUUCUAAUUGGAAUUUCAAUGUGUGCAAUAGAAUUAAAAAUGUGAAAAACAAUUUUUUUCAUUAACUUUUUUAAGUCAUUGCUAUUUCCUGUAAAAUAUGGCAUUUUUUGAAAUAAUGGUUUCUCCUUUUCGAGUAAGUGUGCAUUUCAAGAACUUUAAUAGUUUUUGAAAAUUAAAUUAUUAAAUUCACCCUUAUAAGGACAUCUAAGCAGUGCUACAGGCCUCAAAAGGCAUUUACAAUGGAUAAAUUACAAUGUUUUACAAAAAACAGAUUGUUAAAGUAUUAUACACUCCCGACCGAAAUGUAUUAAUGAUGCGCAACGGUUUGAAACUGCUUCUAAACGCAUAUUUAGCUGCUACGUCUUUGGUGUGAGAGAGACUGAGACUGGUGUUGUGGUGUAAAGCAAAUGAUUUGCACUGAAGUUGGAGUAUAUGCUAAUGGAAAACAAAAUUUCAUUAAUUUUGAAUGGAAAAUUAUGGAAAGUUUGACGAAUUUCGCCCCUUUAUCAUUCUCUGUUGGCCUCUCUUGUAUUUUUUAACAUAAAAUAAUGUUGUACACAAUGAAGGAUGCACAGGAAUAUAGAGGUCUGCAUUCGGUCAUGCUCGGUCGUGGCAUGCGGGUGCAGGCUCUCUGUCACCGGUGACCGCAGACCAGAGAGUAAAAGAAUUUCAGAAAGAAUUUUAUUGAUAAAUUUUUUUAUAUUAAGUUUCGGAGGGUGAAGGUUCAGAAAUUGAAUAAAUAAAAAAAGAUAUUCUUGAGAUGAUAAAUCUAAUAUGGGCCAGAAUCUUUCUUAAAUUCUUUGACGUAAAAGAAUGUAAUAAAAUAAUUUUGCCUUUUCUUACUACAUUAGAUCUUAAAGGCAGGCAUCAACUUUAAAAAGCAUGCUAAAAUACCCCAAAAUGAAGAUUUGUUUUCUAUUUUAUGACUAGUUGAUGAAUUCAAAUACUAAUUUACAUGAAUAUUGUUGAUUAAUGUCCAACUUUCAUACUGACGUGUUCAUAGCUAU